AUGCCAAAACCGGUUCGUCGUAUUAGUUCAAAAUUAUUUAAUAUAAUUUCUUCCACAUUUUUAUCGUCUCGUUCUGUGUCGCUGUCAUCAUCAUCAUCUCCCAUUUCUUCGGAAAAAAGCCAAUCAUCAUUAUCUUCGCCACCUCAAUCCCAACCCCAAUCCCAAUCCCAAUCCCAACCUCAACCUCAACCUCAACCUCAACCUCAACCUCAACCUCAGCCUACUCAAACUGUUAGUGAAUUUCCUGAUGCUGAAACUGCUGCUCUUUUACAAACUGUUCCUUCGCCAAAUGAAUUAAUAUCUUUUGAUGAAUUACAACAACUGGAAAAAUCUGAUGAUGAUUCGUGUUUGAAUUGUUUGAAUCCUUGUGAUUCUCAUUCUAAUUAUCCAUCUUAUUUGAAAAUUGAUUAUGAAUCUUCUAUGCAUAAUACUGUCAAACCAUAUAUAAAACAUGUUUUAAUAUCAACUGGUAAAGGUGAUUGGGAAACAAAUAUUGAAGAUGAACGUGAUAGUUUUGCUGCUAAUUUACAUAAAGUUAUCAAUAAUAUUAAAUUAAAUGAAAAGUCGUUGAAAAAUAAUCAUGAAGAACAUGAAAAUACUGAUCAUUCAAGGGUUAUAAUCACAAAUUCUUCAAGAGAAAAUGAUUCAUCAUCUACAAAAGGAAAUGAUAUAUUAAUAUUCCCUGAAAAUAUCUUAAUUAAAGAUGUUACUACUAAACAAGUUACGGAUUUUUAUAAAAGAUUUUUAAUACCAGAAAAUGCAGAAAAUUAUUUGGAUAAUAGUUAUCUUGAUGAUAAUUUUAUAAUUGAAAAAAUGCCUUAUAAAGCUAUUAUUGUAAUCUGUUCUCAUAAACGAAGGGAUAAACGUUGUGGUAUUACUGGUCCUUUGUUAAAGGAAGAAUUUGACAAAGUCUUGAAAGAAAAAGGAUUGGAUCCUCAAACGCGUAAAAACGAUGGCGUUGGAGUUUUUUUAAGCAGUCACACUGGAGGACAUCGAUUCGCUGGUAAUGUUAUUGUAUAUAAAGAAGGAAAAGGAAUAUGGUACGGAAGAGUUAUACCAUGUCAUGCUAAAAGCAUAAUAGAGCAUACUAUAAUUGAGGGUUUAGUAAUCAAAGAUUUAUAUCGGGGUUCAAUGAAUGGUAGUUUUGCUUCUGGUUGUGGUGGAAGGAAUUUUGAUUGGUAA